UAUUUUCUUACAGCACCAACACUCGGAUUUUAUCAUUCCGCUCCUCCGUUUCUGGUUUGCCCUUCUCAUUAGUCCGUGCUUCGCUUCAUUUCCCCGCUGCUAUCGCCACCGUCUCCAUCGCCGCGGGCAAUCAUCUUUCCCCAGGAUUGUGAUUUUUUAUAAUUUGUUUCGAUCACUGAAGAUGAGCAGAUCUGAACGUUUGAAGAAGCAUGGAAAAAGUAAUAAGCUUUCUGGUGAUAAAUAUGAUGAAGAGGGUGUAGAGAGUGCAGCUCGGACCAGGCCACUCAGUCUUGAAGAGAUUUUACUUAGAAGAAAAAACAAAGAAUUACUUGAAAAAGUAAAAGACUCUGCAAAGGAAGCUUGGAAUGUAUCACAUGGAACUUCUGAGAAUACUACUGAUUAUUUUGAGUCAGGGAGGGGUUAUAAAUGUGACAAAACCUUAUCGUCCAUUGUGGAAAAGCAUGCCUUGGAGGAACCAGAGAAGUUAAGUUCUAGAAAGAAGGCUGAAAGCACUUCUAGAAAGGAAUAUAAUUUAGCUGGUGCGAAAGACAGAGGAGGUUAUGAUUCAGAAACCAAACUAUGUGCUGAUUUAAGUAAUAUGGGCUGGAUAAAUAAAAAUAGUAAAACUAGCAGAGAGAUGCAUAGUAGAAGGAAAAAUGAUGGAAGGGUGAUUGAUAAUUCUGAGCAUGAAGCUGAAAACAAACGAAUAAGGGAUUCAACUAGUAGGGAUAAAUAUUUAGAAAUAGAUAGGGAAAGAUCUCAAAGGAAAGUAAAGAAGAUGUAUCGUACUGUAGAUGAUGAAAGUCCUAGGGAAUAUAAAACUGAAAGGAAUCGUAAUGAAGAUACAUAUGAUUGUGGGAAAAGGAAAAAGUGGUCAAGUGAUCAUUCUGAAAAUGUAGUUGAAAAGAAGCAUCAUUUAGAUAUAGGCAGUAAGGAUAGACAUCCAGAGGGUAGAGGAAAAUAUGGAAGAAAAUCCAAGAGCAAAUAUGAAACUGUAGAUGAAGAUAAGGUCCAAGAUAGGAGUGCUGCAAGGAAGCACUCUCUGGGGAAAAAUCCUGAUCCUGAGGAUGGGGAAAAGAAGGAGAGGGAAGAAUCAGUAAAGUCACAUUAUGAAGAAGCAAGGGCAAAGAGGACAUGGUUGGGAAGGCAAGAACAUGAUGAAAGAACAAUGUCUCUAGAUUUUUCACCUAGGGCACAAAGACGCACUUAUGAUGGAGAGCAUAAAGAUUUGCCUGCACAUUCUCUAAAGAACAGUUCUAGAAGAUCACAUUCUGAUGCCGAUAAAGGUAGAGGAGCAACUAAUCGUUCAAGAAGUCACCAUCAUCGACAUGGUGGGUCUAUAACCGGACUUGGUGGCUAUUCACCAAGGAAGAGGAAAACCGAGGCUGCUGUCAGGACUCCUUCUCCAUCGAAGCAUUCUUUGGAGAAGAAAAGAGCUGGAUGGGAUCUUCCCCCUCAGGGGACUGAGAAAUCUUCAGCCUUUAAAGUGUCAAAUGUUACAAUAUCAUCAGCCAUACAUAAUGUGUCUGCUGCAACUUCAGUGGAUCCAGUCACUGUGAAGCCUUCUGUGUCUCAUCUGAAUGAUUCAUCAACAGGGAAGAACACUGACAUUGAUUCUGUCCAACUGACACAGGCUACCCGGCCUAUGAGAAGGCUUUAUCUAGAGAAUCUACCUGCCUCUGCUUCUGAGAAAGCUGUGAUGGAGUCUCUCAAUAACCUGUUGCUCUCUGCAGGAGUAAACCUUAUCCAAGGAGCCCAGCCAUGUAUUAGCUGCAUUUUGCACAAAGAUAAGGGCCAAGCACUUGUGGAAUUUAUUACAGCUGAGGAUGCUUCAGCAGCUCUUUCUUUUGAUGGAAGUACAAUUUUUGGUUCCACUGUCAAAAUUAGACGCCCCAAAGACUUUGUUGAAGUUGCUACUGAUGACCUAGAGAGAUCUGUGGAUGCUGAUGUUACAAAUACAAUUAGUGAUAUUGUAAUUGAUUCACCGGAUAAGAUCUUCAUUGGUGGAAUUUCAAAGCUUCUUUCAUCCGAGAUGCUUAUGGAAAUUGCGGGUGCAUUUGGGUCUUUGAAGGCUUAUCGCUUUGGGGCUGAAGACACUGAUGAACAUUGUGCUUUUCUUGAGUAUGUAGACCACUCUGUUACUCUGAAAGCUUGUGCGGGUCUAAAUGGUUUAAAGUUGGCUGGCAAGGUGCUAACAGUUGUUCAGGCUAUGCCUAAUGCCUCUCCCUUGGAAAAUGAUGGACAACCGCAAUCCUAUCGGAUUCCAAAUCAUGCAAAGCCACUACUCUGCAAGCCAAGUGAGGUUUUGAAGAUCAAAGAUGUGUUCGCCACGGAAGCUCUCUCUUCUAUGUCUAGUGUGGAAAUUGAAGAAAUUUUGGAGGAUGUACGAUUGGAAUGUGCAAGAUUUGGGACUGUGAGAUCGAUUGAUGUCGUCAAGCAUAGCAGUGACCAGAAUCAAGCAGCUGAGUCAGAAAAACGUGAAGCUAUCAAUGAUAUGAGAUCUAAUGGUGCUUCUCAAGAUUGUGAGUGUGAUAACAAGAAUCACGGAUCUGAGAUGGCUGCUUACCUGGGAGCCGAUUCCACAACAAAUGGAGUGGAGUGUGAUCAUGGCAAUAAGGAGAUCCGAGAAGAUAAUUCUGGUGGUGGCGCUGAUGUUGAUGAGCUCACUGAUCAAUUUUCUGAGAGUAAAUCAUGUCAGGUAGAAAACUUUGGGAGUGAUGCAUCAGUAGAAGGCGUGGAAAAUAAGAGCAUACCCAAUGUUAUGAGCCAAGAAUGCUAUGAUCAUCACAAUAUAUACAAAGGAGAGUCAGAAUUGCUUGAUAACAUGGCUGCUGAUGAUAUCAGCAUAAAUGUUGAAAACAAGUCGGUGGCUAACAGCACCAUUGUAGACUUGAGUGAUCCUAAUGCCAGUUUAGGCCCAGAAUUAGACGGUGCCAAAGAGGUGAGAAGUAAUGAAGACUUAAGUGAUCCUAAUGCCAGUUUAGGACCGGAAUUAGACGGUGCCAAAGAGGUGAGAAGUAAUGAAAACAUAAGUGAUCCUAAUGCCUGUUUAGGAACAGAUUUGGGUGUUGCAGAUGAGGUGAAAAAUAAUAAAGAUGAAGUUGCUGAUCAUAUCUUUGAACCAGGCUGUGUUUUUGUGGAGUUUCGAAGAACUGAAGCAUGUUGCAAGGCAGCAUAUUGUCUCCAUGGACGUUUCUUUGAUGGCAGAAUGGUGACAGUGGAAUAUGUUGCUCUCAGUUUAUACAAGGCUAGGUUUACAAAAUGAGAAUUUUGGCAAUCAGAAUGGUGAAAAUUUCCAUGCAGGUUCUGAUAUCAUUACGUCAGUUUUUAUCCGUUCAGUCUGGUUAUUGCUUUUCAGCGGUAUUGAAGUACCCUCGUGAGGGCAUUAAAUUGAUGUAUUAGGCCACUAGUGUGUUGUUUUAACAGUGGCACUGGAGUUGACAGAAUGCUUCCUGGUGUCCAAUUUAUAGGAACAUAGUGGUUAACUAACAGGAAUGAAACAGCCAAGCUAUCUGGAGAUUUUAGGUCCUAUUUGGAGAGAUCAACCCUGUUUCAGGUUGUGCCGCGGGCUUUACAUUGUUGUAUGCCUAGAUAGGUAGUAUUUGUUCCAUUUAUAUUGACCAGCAACCCUGCAUUAUCUAAUAUCAUUCAAACUUAAUAGCCCGA